AUGUCUUAUAAUCAACUAAAAGAGGCAUUCACUCAUUUCGGACAACUCAAAAAACUGGUUGUUGUUCACAAAAAGGAUGUGCUUUUGCAGAAUACACUACAAUGGAGGUUACAAUCGAGCCCUGGCCGCUCGUCAGUGAAUAAUGGAGGGCGUCAAGGAGGACGACUAAAGAUCGUCGAUAUUCCUUAUGGGUUAUAA